AUGGCUCUCCGUCUCUGCACGCUGGCCAUGGCGGCCAGCCUCAUCGCCACGGGCGCCACGAUAUCACCACAGGAAAUUCCCACAGACGUCCCCGUGUCGUCCAUCCUGACGACGGCACAGGGCCACUUGACCCGGGGCGAGACCAACGAGGCCCUCAUGUACUACGACGCCGCCAUCGCCCGCGACCCGUCCAACUACCUGAGCCUGUUCAAGCGUGGCGCCACGUACCUGUCACUGGGAAAGACGAACAAAGCGACGGCCGACUUCAACAAGGUGCUGGCUCUAGAGCCCAACUUUGAGGGUGCCCACCUACAGCUGGCCAGAAUCAAGUCCCGCUCGGCCGACUGGGAAGGCGCGCGCGCAGGAUACCUGGCCGCUGGCAAGGGUGCCGACUCGAUCGAGAUGCAGGAGCUGGAUGAGGCCAAAGGCGCCGUCGACCUAGCCGAGGCGGCCGCCGCCGCGGGCCAGUGGGAGGAGUGCGUGAGCCACGCGGGUGCCGCCAUCCUCGUCGCCGGCCGGUCGGCCCCACUGCGUGAGCUUAGGUCGCGCUGCCGCUUCGCCCGUGGCGAGGUCGAGGAGGGCAUAGCCGACUUGCAGCACCUGCUCAGCAUGCGGCCGGGCGACACGAAUCCUCACGUCAUCAUCUCGGCCACGUCCUUUUACGGGCUCGACGCCUUGGACAAGGGCGUCGACCAGGCCAGGAAGUGCCUGCACUCGGACCCUGAGUCCAAGGUCUGCAAGAAGCUCCUCAAGCAGGAGAAGGCCAUCCAGAAGGCCUACGCUAAGAUUAUCACCCAACUCGAGCGGGGCCAGAUGACGACUGCCGGACGCGCCCUCGUCGGCCACGGUGAGGAGUCGGGCCUCAUCAAUGACAUAAAUGACCAGAUUGCUGCCCUGCGCAAGGCUGGCAGCAUCCCCGAAUCCGUCAGCUCGCGUCUAUAUCAGCAUGCCAUCGAGAUGACAUGCCAGGCCUACUCAGAGUCCAACCACAAGGAUGCAACGAAGUACUGCACAGAGACGAUAGACCUAGACGCCAAGUCCUUCUGGGGCCUACUGCACCAGGGCAAGUCGCAGCUCCGGAGCGAAGACUGGGAGGCGGCGAUACGCACGCUGCAGGAGGCGGCGGAGGCGCACCCGGACAAGAAGGAGCAGGUGGACCGGCUCCUGCACAAGGCACAGAAUGGCUUGAAGCGCAGCAAGACAAAGGACUACUACAAGGUCCUCGGGGUGUCUCACGACGCCGACGAGCGCCAGAUCAAGUCGGCCUACCGCAAGCAGACCAAGCAGUUCCACCCGGACAAGGCCGCUAAGCAGGGAAUCUCCAAGGAGGAGGCCGAGAAGAAGAUGGCCUCUAUCAACGAGGCAUACGAGGUCCUCAGCAACCCCGAGCUUAAGGCCCGCUUUGACAACGGCGACGACCCAAACUCCCAGGAGCAGCAGCACCGCCACCCCUUCCAGCAGGGCGGUUCGCCAUUCAACUUCCAGGGAGGCCACACCCAGUUCAAGUUCACUCAGGGUGGCGGUCGCAAAGCUGGUGGUCAGGGCGGUUGGCCCUUUGGCGGCGGCGGUCCUGGCGGUCCCUUUGGCGCUCAGUUUGGCUUCUAA